UAAAUUUAAUGAAAUAACGUGAUCAUGAUAGAAAUGUUUUAUUUCCAAUAAGUGAAGAUUCUUAAUAUACUUAUCAUCGUUAUAGUCCACCAAUGAGACCAAAAAUAAUACCAAAUUAAUAUAUGACAUAAGAUAUGAGAUUAAUUCAAAUGAGUGCACAUGAGAAAUCAAUCUAAGAUAAGAGAUCAAAUAUAUUUUAUGAGCCUACAAAAUUACCUAGAUCACCAUAGAAAUGUAUUGAAGAUAAACCUAAAUCUCCUAAUCUUGAUCAUAGAUAAAGAAUGUUAUAUUAAAAUACAUCAAGUGUUUUACCUGGUUAUAGUUAUCAAUAAGUGAAAUAAGUUUGUGAAAGUAGAACUAAAAUUGUUGAGGAUCCUAAUAAUUAAUUUAAACAUCGGAAUUAAAACUUUUCUGAUUUAUUUGAUAGACAUUGUGGUGAUACUAAAUUAAAUUAAAGAGUUAGAUCAACUUCACCAUAAUUAGAUUGGACUGCUCAUGAUAGUGUUAGAAAUGCUAAAGAUUGUACUACUCAUGAAUAUACUACUAAUACUAAACCUUAAUCUCCUCUCAAAGUUACAGAAAUGUCUAAUCUAGAAAUUAAAGUAACUAUAUUUAUUAUAUCUUUUCUAAGUGUAUUCAAUAAGCUAAAGAAUUAAAAACUUAUUCUAAAUUACAUGGUAAGAAACUACCUCAAAAAAAAGAAAUUGUUUAUAAAGGUAUGAUGAAAUGGAAAAACAAUUACAAAUGA